ACUUUAACCUAAUUGGGAUUAUAAAUACUGAUCUAUAAUGUUAUUGGGGGUAGGUUCACUAAACUUUAACCUAAUUGGGAUUAUAAAUACUGAACUAUAAUGUUAUUGGGAGUAGGUUCACUAAACUUUAACCUAAUUGGGAUUAUAAAUACUGAACUAUAAUGUUAUUGGGGGUAGGUUCACUAAACUUUAACCUAAUUGGGAUUAUAAUUACUGAACUAUAAUGUUAUUGGGGGUAGGUUCACUAAACUUCAACCUAAUUGGGAUUAUGAAUACUGAACUUUAAUGUUAUUGGGGGUAAACUUUAACCUAAUUGGGAUAAGAAAUAUUGAACUGUAAUAUAAUUGGUUUAGAAUCCUUAAAAGCAAUUUAAAAUUUUUUUUUUUCAUUCAUUCUUAACUUUAAUGUAUUGGGUUUAAAAUCCUGAAUUGUAAUUAAAUAGUUUUAGAAUCUUUAAUUUGAAUUAAAUUGUUUUUAAUUAACUUGUUAUGAGGUGACACCAGAAACAUGGGAAUAUUCCACACAAAUGCUAUCUCACUGAGACAGAUGGAUAAAACAGAGGGAAGGGAGAUAGGAGCAGCAGUGUUUCCAAACAUUGCCAGGAUUAACCACUCGUGUUCUCCUAAUGUAGUCUGGUCAUAUAAUCAGCUCAAGAAUAAAGAAGAAGUUAGAGCAGUCAGGGAUAUAAUUGCUGGAGAGGAGCUGGUCGCGUGUUAUAUAGAUCCUGUUUUACAGAGAGAAGAUAGAAAUAAUCUGCUCAAAGCUAAAUUCAAUUUCUCCUGUUAUUGUCAGGUCUGCUCUUUGACUGGGGAAGCUCUGACUGACAAUGAGAAGACUAGAAGAGAAAUAUUAGGACUAAAGAACAGUAUGCUGGAUGUUUACAGAGAGAAUUCUCAGCGUGCUUUGAAGUUUGCAAAGAUGAGGGUUGAAAGGAUGGAGAAGCUCAGAAAGGAGAUGAUAGGAGCACUUCCCCAGGCGUAUAUGCACUGCUACGAGCUAGCCCUGGCUGAGAAGGAGGAAGAGAUAGCUAACGUAUAUCGGAGACGAGGACAACAAGUUGCAACACUAGUUAGAGGAGAUAAUUCACUCUGGGCACACAUCAAAUAAAUGAGUUAAAUUGUAGCAUUUGAAAAACUAAUUUAGAUGCAUUUUAGUAAAUAAAUACAUUUAAGAGAUA